AUGUCCCUAUCACUAAGUCUUUUCCUCACCUUUUUACUUUUUCCCUUCCUUUCCUUCGCAACUCCUCUUGCGUUCUACCAACACCCUUCGUCUCCGGCUACCGCCCUCUUCCGGCGCCAAAACACUUCUCUCCCUACUGUCGGCUCAGCUGCAUGGACGGCGCUCUAUCCUUCUGAAUCUGGAACACCUACCACCAUUCCUCAAUCAUGGCUGGACGCCUUGGCUGCGGCAGAGAACCGUGGCUUAAUUCCGAGCAUUAGCCAGAGCACUCUAGAUGCUACGACGGGAGUGACUACAUAUCCGGAUGGCCAGGAUCCGACAGGGACGGAAGUCUGCUCCUUUACAUACCAAUGCAAUGUGACCACCGACAUCGUCAACCCUCCGGAGGGUGUAAUCGCCCUCACAUUCGACGAUGGUCCCAUCCCCGGACCCUCUGACACGCUCUACUCGUUCUUGUACAAUAACUCCCAGCAUGCGACACACUUCAUGAUCGGUGUAAACAUCCUCGGAGCGCCGACCCAGUUCCUGAUCGCUUUCGGGAACAACAAGGACCACAUCGGCGUACACACGUGGAGCCACCCGUACCUCACCACUUUGACCAACGAUCAAGUAGUCUCCGAGCUCGGCUGGACAGUGCAAAUCAUCCACGACUCUACGGGGGGACUCAUUCCGUCUUGCUACCGACCCCCAUACGGGGACACAGACAACCGUGUUCGCGCGAUCGCAGAGCAUGUGUUUGGGCUCAAGACUGUGACAUGGAAUCAGGAUAGCAACGACUGGACGAUAGGAGAGGGUACAACUGAAGAAGUGGUGGAAGGAAGCUUGACCAACUGGGUUGUGAAUGGUGGGGGGGUGCAGGGCGAAGGAUUACUGAUACUCGAGCACGAGCUUAUGGACACCACCGUGCAGGCAUUUAUGGGUAUUUAUCCAAGCAUGAAGGAGAAAUGGACGGUGAAAACGGUGCCCGACGCUUUCUCGUUCACCUGGUACCAGAAUGGAAACUCCAGUACUACACCUGCUUUUCCGCUUUCCGUCGCCUCCCCGGCUCCGACAUCCACUAGCACCCCGAGAGCGCCUACCAGCACUAUCAAAUCCGCACACACUAGCACUGUCACAGCAUCCGCAAGUAAGGGAAGCAUGGCGCAAACGGGCAGUACCAGUAGGAUCACCGCUAGCCAUCUGCUCGGGCUUGUCGCCUUGGGUAUGACUUCGGUAACUCUUUUCUGA